AUGCUUAUAGUAAUCUUGUAUUUUGCCAUCUUUAAUGAGGCUGUGUGUGAUUUGUUUCAGAGAUUUGGCUCGGCUUUAGUUCCCUGGGGAUCUCUGCAGCUCAAACAGAAACAAUAUGCUAAAGACUUCCAGCCGAUUGAUCCUGACUGCCAGUGUCCCACCUGCAGGAGACACAGUCGGGCGUACCUUCACGCGCUGUUCAAGAGCGACACCGCAGCCUUGCAUCACAUCACCAUCCAUAACAUCUCUUACCAGCUCACCCUCAUGCGGUCAGCGCGUCAGAGCAUCAUAGAGCAGAGGUUUCCUGAGUUUGUGAAAGCGUUUAUGAAGAGGAUGUUCGCGUCCCGGGAGCAGUACCCCAGCUGGGCUGUAGAGGCUCUACGAUCAGUGAACAUCCACGUCAGCUGAGUAUCCUACAUGAGGAAGAUGAUGACGACUGCAUUUUAAGACUUGCUGUUGUUUGUUUCUUUUUUUUAGAUACUAACAUUUUUAACAUAUAAUAUGUGAAAUA